UAUUACAAGCUCUAGCGCUUGAACUCAUUUGGGAAGAGACGCCAUGGAGCCGGGAAGCAUAGCCGAGCGUUUCAGAGAUAGGAGCAUACUCAUCACCGGCUCUACUGGCUUUCUGGCAAAAAGUACUCUAGAUUGUAUCUAAUCAUAGUUACAUGAGUAAAUUGUAUUUCGGGUCACCUUUUUAUUAUCGUAGUUUUACUUUGGAUCACCCUAAUCCAAUCUUUUUAUUUUAGAUUAAUUAGCUAAUGUUAUGUUUUACGUUUGUUAUACUUUAGAUCACUCCGACUCUCUUCUUUAGCCUUGUCCAUUCUAUACUCUCUCGUGAAGGUAUGACUUUUUCAGAUGUGAAGGAUUUCAUCGGCGUGCCAGAGCUGAUAUCCUCAAUGUCGUUCAUAUGGUUGGUUUUCUAUGGUUAAUAUGAAACAAACGUAAAUUUGGCUAGUCCAAAGUGGAAAUAUUAAACUAGAGUGGUCCAAAGUGAAACUACGGUAAUACAAGAUGACCUAAAGUUAAACUAACUCUAGUUAUAGACUGCAUAUUUAUAUAUACUCCAAUUCUUAAAUGCUAAUCUCUAGUUUUGAUUGAUUUUACUUUUGCAUCAUGUCAACUUUAACCGCUUAAAUGAGGGUUUGUUUGGUUUGCUACAAUACCAAAAUAUUGGUAAUUUAUACCAAAAUCUAGGCAAUAUUUGGUAGCACCAAUUUUUUGACAAUUUAUGUACGUUAUUGGUAUAAUUUGGUAUCAAUACAAAAUAACCCUAUAUAUUUUUUUACGCUGAUCGUCAUCCUAUAGCAAGCCAUCCCUUCCACAAACUCAUAUCUUGGGAAAGCCCCAUUCGUAUCGCGAUGGAGUCAUACAAAUUAUGUGCAUGACUUCACUAUCUAAGGUUUAAAUUUUAUUUGUAAAUAUUAUGCACACAUAUGAGUGCUUUGACUAAAUGCAUUAAAAGUUAUUUUAGUCACCAGUAAAAAUGUUUAUGGUGGCAGGUAGUAAUUAAAAUUAGUUACUAAGUAGGUACUCCCUCCAUUCCAUAAUAUAAGGCACAGCCACUUUUCUUAGAUGUUCCAUAAUAUAAGACAUGUAUACAAGCAUGCAAUUAACCAUAACAUCUUCUUCAUUAAAUUACUAUUUUUUAAAAUCCUCCACUCUCAUGUUAUCUAAUCCUAUUGGAUGCAUGCAUUAUAUUUAUUAGGAUGAUCCAAACUACAAGAUGAUAAUAGUUAUUUCUUGGUCUUUGGGUUAAGGGUGGUUGUGCCUUAUAUUUUGGAACGGAGGGAAUAUCUGUGGACAUACUUCAAGAUCCUAUAUCGAUAUUAUUUGUCGUGGGUUUUUCUUUUUAUCAUAAGAAAUUGUAUCUACCAUGCAUGUUUAUAUAUUUAUGUGUUGGUGGAGAAGAUACUGCGAGUUCAGCCGGAGGUGAGGAAGCUCUACCAGCUGGUGCGUGCUCCAGACGCCGCAGCUGCCGAGGAGCGUGUUCUCACAGAGGUUGUUGGAAAAGGUCUAUUUGAUGUUCUGCGAAAACAACACGGUGCUGCUUUCUACUCCUUCAUCAAGAAAAAAAUAUGCCCUCUAGCUGGAGAUGUCAUGCAUGAAAACUUUGGACUUGGGAGCUCUGAGAUCCUGCGGUUAUCACACGAGGUCGACAUCAUCGUCAAUGGAGCUGCAACGACCAACUUUAUGGAUAUAUAUAUAUAUAUAUAUAUAUAUAUAUAUAGGAAGGCUAUUAUGUACUCCCGGGAGUACAUACUCCCUACCCUCAUACCGUUGAUUACCUUUGAGAUUUGUACCUGAUAACGGGUUAGCAGUGAAGGGGACGUGCGGUAUCUACCCAUUAGUGGAUCGUGGAUGGCAUUUUGUUUUAAAAAUUGAAUUAAUUGACUGCUCGUGUAUAACUAAUCCCUGAAGAAUCGGUCUGUACGCAGGUAGUGGGCGGUGAGGAAUGGUAUUUAAAUCAUCAAACCACAUACUGCUUCAUUUGUUCAGGGCUGCAGGAACUUGGUUUGGACCUCCGUAGUCCAGCUCGAGGAUACGCCGCCGCGCGGCGGUGCUGAUUUAGGAUGGAUAAACAAGUGAAGAACCACAGACCUUCUGUUGGUACGGAUGGAUCAAGGGAAAUUCUUAUGGACGAGCGCAACCCUACCAUGGACAUAGUAGAUGGUAUUAGUCAAUCUGUCCAUGAUUCACAACCGGAUGGUGGUCAGUCAAGCCGUGUAGCAAUGGAGGAGGACGUGCCGUCGCGGGUUGGCUCACAUGAUUCAGGGCAUGGAAUUCCAGAGACAAGAAAUUUGGUCCCUUCACUGGAUUGGACAGAAGGAAACCCAUAUGAAAAAGAAGGAGCUGGGAUACCGAUGGAAAGAAUGGUGGUAGAUAAUGUUGAUAGCAGUGCUGUCAUACCUCCUGAGUAUGCUGAUCCUCAAAUUCUUACUCCGAUGCUGGGACAAAGAUUUAAGACUGAGAGGGAUGCCUAUAAUUUUUAUAAUGUUUAUGCUGUUAGUAAAGGAUUUGGGAUACGACUGGACAAAGAUCGCAUGAAUACUGAAAAGCAGAGAACAAUGCGGCAAAUAUGUUGUUCUCACCAGGGGAGGAACCCAAAAACCAAGAAGCCUUCCGUUCGAAUUGGGUGCCCAGCAAUGAUGAAGAUAAAUAGGUCUGGAGCUGGUAGUGGCUGGUCAGUAACAAAGGUUGUUUCUACGCACAACCAUCCUAUGAAAAAAAGUGUAGGAGUUACUAAGAAUUAUCAGUCGCACAAUCAAAUAGAUGAGGGGACUCGUGGUAUUAUUGAAGAGAUGGUAGACAGUAGUAUGAGUCUUACAAAUAUGUAUGGUAUGUUGUCUGGGAUGCAUGGCGGACCUUCCAUGGUUCCAUUCACGAGAAAAGCUAUGGAUAGGCUUGCUUAUGCAAUUAGGCGGGAUGAGAGCAGCGAUGACAUGCAAAAAACACUUGAUGUCUUGAAGGAUUUGCAAAAAAGGAGCAAGAAUUUCUUUUAUAGUAUACAAGUUGACGAGGCUUGCCGUGUGAAGAACAUAUUUUGGUCUCAUGCUGUGUCCAGAUUGAACUUUGAGCAUUUUGGUGAUGUCAUCACAUUUGAUACUACCUACAAAACAAACAAGUAUAAUAUGCCCUUUGCACCAUUUGUUGGUGUAAACAAUCACUUUCAGAGCACCUUCUUUGGUUGUGCCCUGCUUAGAGAAGAGACUGAAGAAUCAUUUACAUGGUUAUUCAAUACAUUCAAAGAGUGCAUGAAUGGGAAGGUUCCUAUUGGAAUAUUAACAGACAAUUGUCCUUCCAUGGCAGCUGCCAUUAGAACAGUAUUUCCCAAUACAAUCCAUCGUGUGUGCAAGUGGCAUGUACUGAAGAAAGCAAAGGAAUUUAUGGGGAACAUAUACUCCAAGCGUCAUACAUUCAAGAAAGCAUUUCAUAAGGUUCUUACGCAGACACUAACAGAGGAGGAGUUUGUUGCGGCUUGGCACAAACUGAUUAGAGAUUAUAAUCUGGAAAAAAGUGUUUACUUGCGUCACAUAUGGGACAUAAGGCGUAAAUGGGCAUUUGUAUAUUUUUCCCAUAGGUUCUUUGCUGGGAUGACUACUACACAGAGAAGUGAGUCUGCAAACCAUGUGUUUAAGAUGUUUGUGUCACCCUCUAGCUCUAUGAAUGGCUUUGUUAAGAGGUACGACCGGUUUUUCAAUGAGAAGCUGCAAAAAGAGGACUCGGAGGAAUUCCAAACCAGUAAUGACAAGGUUGAAAUUAAAACAAGGUCACCGAUAGAGAUUCACGCAUCCCAAGUAUAUACUAGGGCUGUUUUCCAAUUGUUCUCUGAGGAGUUAACCGAUAGUCUAUCUUACAUGGUGAAACCUGGGGAGGACGAAAGCACCGUGCAAGUUGUACGGAUGAACUCGCAAGAAUCAUUCCUUAGGAAGGAAUAUCAGGUGUCUUGUGAUUUGGAAAGAGAGGAAUUUUCAUGCGUUUGCAAGAUGUUUGAGCAUAAGGGGAUUCUGUGCAGCCACAUCUUAAGGGUACUUGUUCAGUAUGGUUUGUCAAGAAUUCCAGAGAGGUAUAUAUUGAAAAGAUGGACGAAGGAUGCUCGGGAUACUAUACCACCUCAUCUACAUGGGUACAAAGAUGAUGUCGAUGCUUCACAAUCGAGGAGUUACAGACAUGUAAUGCUGAAUAGGAAGACUGUGGAGGUGGCUAAGAUUGCUAACAAAGAUGUGCAGACAUUUAAGAUGGCAAUGACAGUCAUGAAUAAGCUUUUGGAGGACAUGAAAAAUCAGUUAUCUUUGGAUGAUGGUGACAAUAGUAGAGAAGCUCCGAAGCGAGCAGCUAGGCAUAAAUCAAGGUCUACUGUAUUGACUGAAGAUGGAAACGAAGAAGUUGGUGGAGGUGAUGAGGACAGUGAGUAUGACGUGCCAAGUGAGGACGAGGGUGGAAAUUUGACUGCUGAUAUACUUCCACCGUUGAAAAAGAAAAGCAGAGGAAGACCUAAGGUGAAUAGGUAUAAAUCGGGUGGUGAGGUUGCCAGCCUGAAAAGAAGAAAAGAAGUAGGGAUUGAGAAGAAGAACACAACCAAUGAGUGUGAGUCCGUUGAAGAAGAAAACCAAGUCAUUGAUCAUGAGGAUGAAGUGCCCUUUCCUCGUAGGUUUUGCCACACAUGCCACGAAGCUGGUCAUAAUUCGCGGACUUGCGGCCGGACAUCUACGUACAAGAGAAAACUUUAGAAUAUGGUUCCCUGUAGUUUAGUUGGGACUCCUCUGAUUGUUAGAAGUUGUUUUGUUUUAAGUACGUGAACAAAUUUUUGAGAGGCGUGUGUUUUUUCAUCCUAUGAGCAAUUUAUUAAGAUUAUGUAACUUGUGGAUUGGUCAGUAUAUUCGACCUUAAGUAAAGUAUGCUUCUAGUAGUAAAUUGUGUCUUUUUUGGGUAGUGUAUUUGCACCGGUUAAAAAUGGAUGUCUGCUGUAAUUAGUUUCAUUUGGAUGAUGGUGCUUUCUCUAUAAAGAGAGAAAGAGAUAUAGUAUACUGGUAUUUAUGACGAUCAUUGUUUGCAAAAGGAGUGUGAUUUGGUGUGGAUAUGAGUUGUUUUUUUUAGGUAUGGAGAUAGAAAUUAGCUGUGCAAUGUAUUGAAUCCUCCCGUUCACUGAAAUGGACAUAAUGAUCGAUAGCAAUUGACUCGUUAUCACGCAGAGUCAAUGACAUAAUUUACGCAGAGUCACCGCAUAUAUUGAAUCCUCCCGUUGAAAAUGAUAAAUGGAAGUAAAUGACAUACUGUUAUUGUUUGGCAUAGUGAAUAAUUUCCAU